UUCUUGCCCACUUGGGAGAAAAUCCUGUCCCCAAUCCCAAAGCCAAAACAAAGUUAAAACAAUCAACAGAAAUUGGAAAAGGAAUACUCCCCAGUCCCCUCUAUUGUUCCCUUUACACCGAAGUCAUGGAUGAGAUAUUCUUCCAGAUUCCUUCCAAUUCCGACCCUCAAAACACAACCCCACAAGAUAAAAUUUUGGAUUAUGUUCCAGAGGGUGGCAGGAGUGGUAGUAAUCUGUACAGCAAUAUGGGAAGUAGGAGCCAGCAACGAAAAUUUUUGGCAAGUGACCAGAAAGAAAAUAGUAAUGAUGAUGAUAAGAAAAAGUCGAUGCAUAGGGAUAUUGAGAGGCAAAGAAGGCAAGAAAUGGCCUCCCUCUAUGCUUCUCUCCGAACUCUUCUCCCUCUUGAGUACAUCAGGGGAAAGCGUACCAUAUCAGAUCAUAUGAACGGAGCAGUUACCUAUAUAAAAGAUCUGCAGAAAAGGAUUGAUGAACUGAGUGCCAAGAGAGAUGAAUUAAAGAAGCUAUUAGAUGCGACUGGUUUUGACCAACGGAUGAGCUCUAAGAACUCUUUCCCAAGCAGUGCUGUAGUUCGCCUAUCUUUGGAUGGCGUUGAAGUUGUGAUCAGCACCGGUCUUGGAGCUCAAGCUUUGACCCUCUCAAGGGUGCUAGAACUAUUGCUUGAGGAAGGACUUGAUGUUGUUAACUGUAUUUCUACCAGAAUUGAUGGAGGACUGAUUCACACCGUCCAAUCUGAGGUCAGUGAUCUGACAUGCGUCGAUGUACCUGGGCUGGAGCAGAAACUAAAUAAAGAAAUUUAGUAUUUGAGUCAAUUUUCCUAGCUACCAAACCGUAUAUAUGUUCUUUAUUGGAGAUUUUCCCAUCACAGCUCCCACGUUUUGAUUAUGAUUUCAGUAAGGUCGGUCCUUUCCAUAUAAUAUAUCUGACACAUUCCAUCUUUUGCGAGCUUUUUUGCUUUCAGAAAAACUUGGUAGAAAUUAAGUAUUAAUAUUAUUAGAUCAUCCCUGAACAUCUCCUGAAACGAUAAUGGUCCUUCGUCUACA